AUGGCUGCUUCUGCCUAUUCAACUCAGGACACAUCUGUGUUUCCCUUCCCAGUCGACCAGGUCCAGAUCGACCCCACCAAAACCCCGGAGCCUUACAAUAAUGGCCUUCGUAUUUUCCAGAAUGCGCCUGUCAACUGGGUUGGCAACAACGAGUGUAACCUGCAUUCUACGGCGAUUAUCACUCAAUACGCCUACCAUGACGUCAAGUUCUACUAUAUCAUCUACGAGGUUUCUUCCAGCAAUGGCGCCACCAUGGAACAUGGCUGGCUUCCCUUCGCCUACGCCGGGGGCUUCCUGGAAGGCGAGUGGGAAGAUUACAAGAACGACAGCGAGGAGUUCACUCACUCCGGCAUCAUCAAGGACCUCCGCGAUGAGGCUACUAACUGUUUUGCUGACCUCCUAUCCGCAUCCAUUACCGAUGGUGGCGACGCCACCCGCUCGCUCGCGGAAGAGACGAUGAUUCUGACUCUUUCUGGUCAACUCACUGACAUCAUGGACAAGCAUAUCGCAGCCAUGAAGGCGAGAGCGAAAGGAAUCAAGGAGUUGGACGAAGUUUUGGAUGAUAUUCUGAAGAACAACCCCCCUGGUGCUCAGGGGAGUGCCAACGGCGCUUGA